AUGCAUUCGUCGUUCACGAUUCUAUUCUUUCUCAUCUUUGCUACAGCGAACAUUUUCGCCGCCACCACCGAAACUACAAGCGAUGAAGAAUCCGUUACUGUGAAAGGACAGCUGAAAAUUACGGACAAUAGCGAUGAGGAGAUUGUGGACGAUGCUGAGGACGGAAAGCAGUUUGAUGAGACACUCCUUGAUCAAUUGGCUUCUUUUCGUAUUGCGAAGGAGUAUCUACGUCGAAAAAUCGCCGACGAACAAAAUCAACAACGUUCGAAAGAGAUUUUCCCUCUUACCGGACUUGAGAAGAGAUAA